ACACGAGCCGAACUGGGCGUCAGGUCGGGGAGCCGGUCGGGUUCCCGCUCGCUGUCGCCGCCGCCGCCCCCCUCAGUGUCUCUCCCGCCUCUCCACAGCCUCGGUCGUGGGAGCUGCAUCCUCCACUCAGUUCGCUGUGGAGACUCCGGUCCGGGAUCGGCGAGCCUGCGACGCGACACGCCGACACCCCCGUCACCUCCAGCCCGGGCGACCCCUCCCUGGACGGGUCCGCCCUCGCCCUCCGCGGUGCCGGAGCCCCCUGGCCCCGAGCGCCCUGCGGGCCCGCUCUCGCACUCCGGCCGGCCUCGGCACUCCCACGGCCGCCGCCCCCCACCCGGAACAUGGACUCCGACUCCUGCGCCGCCGCUUUCCACCCCGAGGAGUACUCCCCCAGUUGUAAGAGGCGCCGCACUGUUGAAGACUUCAACAAAUUCUGCACCUUCGUCUUGGCCUAUGCUGGCUACAUCCCCUAUCCGAAGGAGGAGCUCCCCUUGAGGAGCAGCCCUAGCCCUGCCAACAGCACUGCUGGCACCGUUGACAGCGAUGGCUGGGACACUGGUUUCUCUGACAUUACGUCCUCAGUGCCCCUGCCCGUAUCCGACCGCUGCUUCAGCCACCUGCAGCCUUCCCUCCUGCAGCGAGCAAAGCCCACUGACUUCCUGCUGGACAGGAAGAAAACGGACAAGCUGAAGAAGAAGAAGAAGAGGAAGCGAAGGGACAGCGACCUGCCUGUGAAGGAAGGGUACAGGGGGGCCUUGCUGAAGCUGGAGGCUGCAGACCCGUGUGUGGAGACCCCCACAAGUCCCACCAUACAGGGUAUUCCCCAGGCCUCUGCUGACCCCUGCUCAGGCUGGGACUCUGACACUCCCUCCAGUGGCUCUUGUGCUACUGUGUCCCCUGAUCAGGUUAAAGAAAUAAAAACUGAAGGAAAACGGACUAUUGUCCGGCAGGGAAAGCAGGUGGUCUUCCGAGAUGAAGACAGCACCGGCAACGAUGAGGACAUCAUGGUGGACUCAGAUGAUGAUUCUUGGGAUCUUGUCACCUGUUUCUGCAUGAAGCCCUUUGCUGGUCGCCCCAUGAUAGAGUGUAAUGAGUGCCACACCUGGAUUCACCUGUCCUGUGCGAAGAUCCGCAAGUCCAAUGUUCCGGAAGUGUUUGUCUGCCAAAAGUGCCGGGACUCGAAGUUUGAUAUCCGUCGUUCCAAUCGUUCCCGAAUGGGCUCCCGGAAGCUGUUUCUGGACUGAUUUGGAGCUGGCAAGGAGAGGCGGGACUGGAAGGGCCUGGGCUCUGUGGCCUCCCUAGUUGAGCACAGAACUCCUGGCUCUGGUGCGGGCAGACCCUGCCACUCAGGUGCCUAAGCAAAAGACUAGCUGUCCAGAUAAAACUGUACAUAGCCAGUGAGCAGAUAAAAUGGUGGUCAGAGCUGCUGCUCCGGCUGUGUUCUCUGUUGGAGGCAGACUGAGCACCAGGUCUGCCUCCGCUAAGAGUGCGGGCAUAGUCAUUGUUAGCCAGCUCCCACUGAUGGGAGCUGCUGCUAGCUGUCAGUCCCGCGUCUCCUCUGUGCUCGGGAGUGGUUCUGUUUCCCUGGCCUGUGUUUAUUCUCCAGUGUUGGUCUUUUAUCACAAGUGUCUAUACAGCAGCCGUCCAAGUUGCCUGCCCCUUUGUGAUCUUACUGCCCCUGCCUCGUACUUGCUGGGCUAGGGAGCUGCUUCCUUAGUGGUCUGGUGUCCCCAAGAGGAGCCCUUGGUGGUGGGUGAGUGGUGAGUCUUUUGGUUUUUCACUGUUUGUUUGAAGGGACAGUAUGUAGUCACUUCUCCACAGAGCAGGGGUUGGGGGUGGAGGUGUCCUGUGUUCAUAACUCAGUUUCUUGUUUUGCACGAUGUAAAAAAGCAAACCAUUUUUUCCGCACGAUACAGCCCAAAGUAUUGGCCAGUGUCUUCCUAGAUGCCCUUUCUCUGCCGUUGCUCCAUGCCCUAGGGUGCCCAGCGCUAUCCUCUGGAAGCCCUUGGUUCUCUGUUCUUCAGCUGCUCCAGUAGCAGCCUACAGAUGAAGCUGUCCUCGGGAUCUAUGUGCUGUUCAUUUAGAUAGUGGUUCAAAAGAGACCGCUCUCCACACAGGCUGGCCUGCUGGGUUCCUGGGGCAAGGCAAGGGUUUGAUACCACUGUAUGUCUGCAGUCUCCACAGUGUGAACAAGAACUCCAGCCUGGUGUAGGGCUGCCUAGGCUCCUGGGACACUGGUGCUCCUAGGGUUGAAGGAAGAGGGUGCUCUGGCUCUGCAGUGGUCUCCUCAGCAGGACAAUGCAGUUCUCAGGAGAGCUUGACAAAGCAGUGGGUCCUGUGUCUUUCCCCUGUGUAGCACCUGUGCGGGUCAUCUCUCCCACAGUCUCUUAAGACCAAAGGAGCUCAGACUAACUGCUAAUCAGAGCCUGGGGAAGGGUGGGGGGAGUGUCUCAGUAUCUUUCACACUUGCCCAGUUUAAGUAACUGUCUUAGUUCUUUGUUUGUUUUUAAAAUCCUGUUGCUCAUAUUAAAGUACAGAGAAAUACUCAUUGCUGAAGCUCUGUUGGUCCCACAGACCUCAAGGGAGAACUUUGCCAUAGAGAAGGAGCUGUUUCAGAAAGUCCUGUCCCCAGGCUAUUGUCUGACUCUGAGAGGAAUAAAUACCUAGGACAAGUUAGAGGAAAUUGCCAAAGACCUGCCCCAUGACAGUACUUGUCCAGUGUCUUCACCUUGACAAUAACCAAAGUCCAGUAGUUGUUUUAUGUUUUUAAGUGCAUUUAACAGUACGUGGUUUUGUUGUGGACCGGUGUAGCUGGCCGUUGUUAUGUGUGCUCAGAGAUUGAUGUCUCUGAGAUACAUGGACUCUCAUCUCGGUCUGUUUGCUUGCUUUGUGUUUUUAAGGGGCUCUUUCCCUGUGGGUGGUGUGCAAAGGCAGACACCUUGGCUUGGGGGUGGAUUGAGCUGGGCAGCUGGAAUCAGCUUCUUUAUGCAAACUGGGUAUGACCCUUCUAGGGCUCCUGGUUGAUGGCUGAUGAUGUGAGGGGAGGGAAAGGUGUCACCCCCAAAGUAGACCCCUCCCAUCGGCUUUGGCCAGGCCAGAAAACAUCGUUUACAUGGUUCUGUGUAAUUAUAAAGUUUAUGUGUAUAAAGCAAGCUGUUUCUGUGAAACUGUAUAUUUUGUAAAUAAAGAUAUUGCUACUUUGA